AUGUCGCACAUGCCAUUUGGAGAGCGUCCUGAGCUGAACUUGGUGUCACAUGGGAGGAAGGUGGCGUUAAUUGGGAGGCCAGUGCCUGUGAUUAAAGGGCUGAUUGUUACCACAGGAUUAAGUCCAUUGAUCGAGUGUUCAGUUGUAACCGGCGAUCUUGGACUUAUAUCCGCAUUUGUGGAGAGGUGGCACAGGGAGACCAACACCUUCCACCUUCCAGUAGGAGAGUUGAUGAUCACACUAGAUGAUGUGUCGCCACUCCUCCAUCUCCCUAUCAGUGGUGCCUUCCACAACUUUGAGGCUCUUUCCGUGGACGAGGCGAUAUUUUUGUUGAUGGAGUUGCUCGAGGUAUCCGGUGAGGAGGCUAGAGCCGAGACAUGCUGGAUCUAUAAGCAUUUUCCGAGUGUGCAUCAGUGCGUCACCGAUGAUGCGUAUGAGGAGACGUCCCCUCGUGCCUCCCGGUGGCUGACGAUGAAGGCUCAUAUGAAGGGAAUUACAGGAGCACUGUACCGGGCAUGUUGUGAUGCUUUGACGGUCACAGACGUGUGUUGGUUGCCUUACAGUGACCAUCGAGGGGUUAAGGGGUUUGAGCCAAUUUCAUCGUUCCAGGGUCAACUGAGAUGGGGUCCUACGGUGGUCACAGUUCGACCGGAGAGGGUGCUACGCCAGUUUGGGUACAUUUAG